UCCUGUGAAGGACUGUGUGCCAGCUCGGUAACAACCACCGGGUCAACACAUGCUACAGAUUUAAAACCUACACCAUCAGAUUCCAGACAUGAGAGUGACCUGACAGUGAAUGUAGGUGGAGGAGGAGGGACUGGCCCACAUGAACGACCCAGGGGGACUGAUGCAGUGACGCAGACAGAAAAUGGGGACAGUCUUGAUGGAAGAUCUAGGCUGAGUGAGGCUGGUGGAGAGGCAUGGAGCCAAAGCGCCGAGAUAGAGAAGAUCGGGAGCACAUCUGAGAUGAGAGACUCUGAAAAGCAGUCAGAGUCUGUGGAUUCAGAGAGCAAAAAGGAGGAUGCACCAGUUCACGGUGAGCAUUUAAUUCCAACAGGUGGGACAGAGCAGUCGGACAUGGACACCAGUACCCGAAAAAGGACUCCAAGUAGAUUACUGACCUCCACUUCAGCACCAUCACACCUGCAGACUUCGUACAGCCAAAAGAGUAACCCCGCUGGAGCAUAUGGGACAAAAAGCUUUGAUUCUCACUGGGAUAAAGACACAGAAAGAAGUUUACCAGAACCUCCAAAUCCUUCUGUUUCCCUCUGGACCCAAACCUCCCACAGUCCCACCCCUCAUGUUUUUACCCAUCAGACCUCUUCACCUUUGGGAAUUUGGGGCCAUGACAGCACAACGAUGUCCUCACUACCAGACCCAUUUUUACCUGAAAUCGGACCAAGCCUGAUACCCAGAGAGGAUGGCCCGGAAAGUCUGUGGACUGAAGCAGCAAGACUCGGCGGAGCGGAAACUGCCCUCCCAAUGCCCCAGGAUGAAUCCACAGAGGCCACAAUGUCAUCGGAGGCUCUCCCUCUCAUCUUUGAGCCUUUUGAAGACAUCACAUCUGAGAGUGCGACGGCGGCAGCAGCAGCGGUCACCCACGUGUCAGGCAGCAGCCGGCCCAGAGGGCUUCCUCGGUCAGAGGCAGGUCUGGACCAGCUGGUCACCGUAGAGAGUGACAGAGACGGUCCAUCACAUGCCUCACCCGUCCUUAUUCCAGACUGGACGUCACCUUGGCAGACAUCUGGCAGCGAGCUCCUAGAGCCAUUCAGUUCCUCGGGUCCAUCUGCUUCUCAGCAGCAAGUCAGAACUGAGCCGGACGACCAUUCGGAGAAAGCAAACGUAGUCUCUGCGAGGACACUAAAUCUGGAAGACAACGUGUCCUCGGCCGGCCCCUCCCUCUCAUCUUUCCAGCAAGCAAUGACAAUGGUAACCAUGACAACCCAUCAGCCAGCACACAAAUCCACAUCAGAGGAGAUGGACUCUGAGGAGGACCUGGAAGAUGACUUUGAGAACUCUGAGGAAUCGGUGGAAGAAGACAGUGAAGAAGACCAAACAGAAACAUCUAAAACAUCCUCGACGCAGCCUCCAUACAGUCUCAUCCCACCACCUCCCGUCUGGGUUCAACGCAACCAGGGGCUGAUGCGUAGCUGGGUGGAGCUAAUCAGAGAAAAGGCGGGUUAUGUGUCCGGGAUGUUGGCCCCUGUGGGUAUCGGUAUCACAGGGGCCCUGCUAAUUGUUGGCGCCCUCUACAGCAUCAGGAUGAUUCACCGCAAGAGGAGGAACAGCUUUAAACACCAGAGGAGGAAGCAACCCCGGGAACCCGGCACCAGCCGUCAGGACCAAGCCAUGCUGCUGGCCGACAGCUCUGAGGACGAAUUCUGAUGAGAACCUUUUGGGCCUCUUUUGUUGGUGACCAGCCGCCAUUGCUCCUAAACUGGAUGUUUAGCAAACACCCCCAUCGCUACUGCAUCUCCACUUACCCUGGGGCUGUUUGGGUAUGACUCCUCUGAUCCACUGAAAGGGACUGAGCAUAGGGCAGUAUUUGCAUAGGUGGCGCACAGGUCAACCAGGCACCCACCUCCCUUUCUGAAAUUAUCUGAGCACUUGUCUAAAUGUUGUCAGAUGCUGCUGAGUCUAAGAGUGUGGUAGGAUUGGUGUUUUCCACCUUUUUUGACAACAAAAAUAACUAAAUAAAUAAAAAUAAUAAUGCAUUGAGGGAGCGGUAUUCGUAGGAUGGAAGUGUUGCUGGCAAAUUAAAAGGGGGGAUGUGAAAGCCAGCAUGUUUUCCGUCAAGUUAUACAUUGAAUGAAAAGUGACGUGACACAAAUAAUGUAAAUACAUUACAUGUAGUACAUGUAGCUGACUGGGGGUCAGUUGUGUUAGUGUAAAUAAAGUCUCAUGUAUUCCUAGACUUCAAUAAUUUUGGGAAAACUGCUAAUUUACAGGAAGCUGGAUUAGAUCACUGGAAGCAUAUCUGUCUGUAAACUGAAACUAACAGCUAGCCUAGCUUGGUCCAACGAUAACAAACAUGUUGGCUAACAUUUCCAGAACGCACUACGAAAUCAAUCUUUAAAAAAAACAACAGAAGAAAUUUAAAGUAUUAGUGUCCUCUUAAUUAUUUUCUAACCAUCAGACAGAGUUAGGCAAGCUUCAGGCAAAGGUAAGCUAAAAGCUACUGAGCUAAAAAAAAGAGCUACAGGACUGUGCAAAAGUCUUGAUACGCCCUGCAUUUCUUACUAUUUUGCAAUGAAUUUGGGAAACAGGUAGUGUUUUAUUUAAAGCUGCAAACAGCUUGAACUCUCUUAAGCAGCUUUCUUGUUAUUUAAGUUUUCAGGAACAGUUCUCCAGGCUUCUUGAAGGACA